AUGUCACCUCAUUAUAUCACACGAAUACUGCCAAAUAUGUCGAGUGGUCAAGUGUCGAUUCGACAUAAGUUUACUGGUCCAAACUUGUGCAAUUCAACAGCAUGUGCAGCGGGUGUGCAAGCCAUUGGUGAUGGAUACAAUAUGAUUCGACUGAAUCACGCUGAUGUGAUGGUGUGUGGCUCUACAGAAGCGACAAUAAAUCCGAUGACAAUGUCAGGCUUUUCGAAGAUGAGAGCAUUGACUACAAAGUUCAAUGAUGAUCCAGUGAGAGCAUCGAGACCAUUUGAUCGGUUACGUGACGGGUUCGUUUUGGGUGAGGGAUGUGGAAUAGUUGUGCUCGAACGUUUGGAACAUGCGCAGAGACGAAAUGCGGAGAUUGUUGGUGAAAUACUCGGCUAUGGUUUGAGUUCAGAUGGAAGUCACAUCACUCAACCAAGUGGACAAGGAGCUGUUCAGUCGAUGAAGCAGGCUUUGAACAUGGCACAACUAAAACCAGAAGAUAUUGGAUAUAUCAAUGCGCACGCGACAUCUACACCAAUUGGUGAUCGAAUUGAACGUCAAGCAAUCAGUGAAAUCUUUCAUGAGUUGAAUCCAGAUGUUUAUGUGUCAAGCACAAAAGGCUCAACAGGUCACUUGUUAGGUGGUGCUGGUUCGGUGGAAACAAUUUUUACAAUCUUGGCUUGUUUAAACAAGCGAUGUCCUCCAACACUGAAUUAUAAUCAAGCUGACGAUGAAAAUGAUAAACUAAAUAUUUCAAGUAAAAUUUCGGAUUCAUGGACAAGUGAACGACGUAUUGCCCUGAAAAAUUCAUUUGGGUUUGGCGGGACAAAUUCAACUAUAAUUGUCGGAAAUUACUUGUAG